GCUUGCAAAUGGUUCAAGUCCAUUGUGUUACACGCCUACCUUCUGUACAAAAUAAGAUAACAUGACCUACAGUUCCUCUGUACAUGAACACAAUAACAAUACAGUAUUCUUUUCUGAUAAUCCAAACUUACAGGAAACAUUAUUCUUACAUAUAUACUUUGUGGUGGAAAACUUAAUCAUGUUUCAAUCGGUUCGGGUUGCGGUGAGCUUUAUUGUGGCACUACUGGUUUCCAAAAUGGUUGGAAGUUUAUACGGUACCUCUGUGGAUCAUGACCGUGACAUUGAGCACACGAUUGGGGAGCUGAAUCGGCGUAUUGCCGGGCUACAGGUCCAGCGGAGUCACGCUUACGUCCCGCCGGUCUUUUGGGCUAAAGACCGGGGAGUGUACGAGAGCAACAUCCGCAUCAACACGUACGGCAAGCCGUGGAUAGCAGGCUUCCGUCAAGUCGGUGUGUUCGACAACAACGCCUUCGCUACGGCAUGGGUGACAAUUUGCCUUCUGGAGGCGGGACAGUACGGGAAAGGAGCCCCAGUACCUGGUGACGAGCCGAUGAAACGCGCCUUGGAGCUUAUCAACUCCCACCAUGAUAAAAACAGCCCGCCGGGGAACGGGGCUGUCGACUUCUGGCCGCAGACGUUGAACCACUCCAGUGGUCUUUGGGUGAGCCAACCCACGAACAUCAUUUCCAUCAUCAGUCUCCUUGACGACGAUCUGCCGUGGGACUUGAUCGAGAAAGUAUGCAGCAUUCUCGGCCCUUCGUCUGAGGUCUGCGAACUCCUCAAAUUCCUCCAAGGCGCGAGGCAGGAACUUUUUCCCGCCUUCAAGAUUCCCGCGGAUUUUGACGACACAUUCGUCAACAUUGGCUUGGGCAGCCUCCUGAAGCAGCUCAGCAAACGCUACCCCGUCCUCUACCAGCUGUGGGAGUCCAACAACACAAACACAGACUCGGCGUUCGAGCUUCUCAAGACGUAUGCAUACCGCCCUCUAUCAGACGACUUAGCCAACGUGAUCGAUCCCAGGACGUAUUACUACGCCCACGGGUUUCUUGAAAAGGCAAACGACGAAGGAAAGCCUGUUUCCUUGGUGACUACAUGGAUUCAAAACCUAACGGAGGAGCGCGUGCGACACAAUGAGGGCGUCAGCAUGCCGUUCAACAUCAACAACGUGGAUUCUACGGUGGCCGCAAAUGUCAUCUACGGUGUCAAUGCGGCUCUGCUGGAGAAUAUGUUUGAAACAAAAACGUGGUUCGACGCAGAUACCAGGAUGGUGUACGAGAACACGACGAGUUUUAUCGCGUGGGUCAUCGAGAGUGGCACGAUGACUAGCCGGCCAGACCUAGCUCUGACUUACUACCCGUCUCGCUACAACUUCUACUGGUUCGUAGCUCGCACCAGGUUCCUGAUAGCCAACCGAAUUGCUAGAGGGGACUUACCUGCGUUCCCAUCACUCAGAUUGGUGUACGAGCAGUUGAACGAGGUGCUUCAGUCGCGGGUGACCACCGAUAUUUUGGCAGAGGCGAAGACGGAAGGAGGCAAGUGGGCUUACUUUGAUGAUUUCUUGGGCGGAGCCGACGAGACGUGGGAGGGAAAACCGAAGAACAGCGCCGACGAUCGCCUAUUCACCACAUCCAUGGCUGUCAAUACACUGAUUGCUACAUGGACAACUCAGGACGAAGUAACGGGGCAGUUGACUUGGGCAAAAGAUACCCCGGUUGACGUGAUUCGUGUGGUGGAUCAAGCAGUGUCGUGGCUGGCUGAGUUCAUCCUGAGUGAUGACUACAAGCCUCUCAAUGCGUUCUUCUCGGGCUCGGUCAAAGGCACUAGUACGAUGCCUUUCUACUACCCAAUCAACUUCUUGGAGUACGUCAACGGGACCAAGAUCCCACUGAACGACACGCACAUCGAUCUUGACAGUAGUGUGGUGCUGGCCAUGUCCGGUGUAGUACCACAUGAGCAGUACAAGAAGAUGGUCCAAGAGCCGCACUUCGGGCACCAAACACCCACUGAGUUCCCAGGCUACAGUAACAGCGUCUUCCCGUUCUGGUCGUCGGCCGCCUACACCUACGCCUCAACUCUGCUAACGUUGUCACAAUUUCUAAACUUGGCAACUUAGCACAAUUUUACCCGUCAAAUAAAUAAUGAUACAAUAUUACUGAAUAACGUUUGAUGCCAUUUUAAAAUGCAAGUUAAAUUAUUACUUGUUACUCAUUUCAUGAUCUUCCGAACCUUAUGGUGAUCUCACUGUACACUGAUCUUCAAAAAUAGUUCGAGAUAAAAAUGCUUUAUGAAUUUUAGAAAUGUAUCUAAUGAUCACGAAUUAAGAAAAAUGUGGGUUUCUGUCACUACAGUAGAAGUGUCAGAUGGUAUCGCCGUUUCGAAUUUCCAACAUCGGAGUGUUUUAUCAGUAUUCUUUCACCACCUCCCUCCACUCAUCGAAACAAAUCUCCGCCCCUCUUAUCGCUAAUAGAUCCUUGUUCCCUCUUGGCCUGAGGGGCUAGGCGUAACCAAGGAUACGGGGCGACUCCGCCCCACGCUCAGUCGAUGAUCAUUGUUCGGUGUGAUUGCAAUUGCCUGAGAGAAUCGAUUACUCGACCGUUCUCUAGCACAGAAUCGAUAACAGAUACAGCUCAAGAACAACUUGUCACAUCGUCACACAAUGACCAGGUCCUUGAUAGCUUUGUUGUAUUUGUCCCUACGCUGCAGUAAUUAUGUGUACAAAUCGAAUGUCAUCAUGCAAACACAAAUCAUGUUAUGAAAUUAACUGCAUGCAGGUGCACUUUGAACAUUUAAGCUGCAGCGAAAUUUAUCAAUUUCAACUUUUUUUAUUCUCGGAUC